GGCUUCUCGUUGCUGAGCUGCUUCCCCAAUGUGGAAAUCCGGCCCCUGGACUUGCCAGAGCUUUUCUCAGGAACGCCCCUGGCAAAGUGGUACUUGCAGGCUCAGCAGCGCUGGGAGCCUUAUUUCUUACCCGUCCUGUCUGAUGCCUGCAGAAUUGCCAUCAUGUGGAAAUUUGGUGGCAUCUACCUGGACACAGACUUCAUUGUGCUUAAGAACUUGAAGAAUCUCACCAAUGUGCUCGGUACCCAGUCCAAGUAUGUGCUGAAUGGGGCCUUUCUGUCCUUUAAACCCAAGCACAAGUUCAUGGAGCUUUGCAUGAAGGACUUUGUGGAUAACUACAACAGCUGGAUCUGGGGGCACCAGGGCCCACAGCUCCUAACACGUGUCUUCAAGAAAUGGUGCUCCAUCAGGAGUCUUCGGAGCAGUACGAGCUGCAAAGGAGUGAGCGCUCUGCCCCGUGAGGCUUUUUAUCCCAUUCGGUGGCAGGACUGGAAGAAAUACUUUGAAGUGGUCAGCUCCUCGGAGCUUCACCACCUCUUUAAUAACACUUAUGCAGUGCAUGUAUGGAACAAGAAGAGCCAAGGGACAAGGCUAGAGAUCACAUCCCAGGCUUUGCUGGCUCAGCUGCAUUCCCACUUCUGCCCUGCCACAUACGAUAUCAUGAAGAAGGACUCUGAACGGCAGUGA